UAGGGAGUCGUCGGAGGAGGAGUAGCCAGUGCGGAUUGGGUGCUAGGAAUCGGUGCUAGGAGCUAGGAUUAGGAGAUCAAAACUGGAAAAAAGCAUAAUUUAAUUCGAGGAGGAAUCUGGGAGAGCGCAAUGCCCGUACAAUCCCCAAUUGAGAUCAGCAACCGUGCCAUCGAGCACAUCGACGAUGUGGAUCCACUGGAGUACCAUGGCCACUGGGAGCCGGUGGGCGUGGCCCGGGUACAGAACACAGGCACCUCCGCAAUGGUCACUUUCAGCAAGCGAAAGCAACAGCCAUACAUAAUCGGCGGUGCCCUGGAGCAGGACAUGUAUGUGUUCGAGCAGCUGCACUUCCACUGGUCGGACUGCGAUGAAUCCGGCUGCGAGCAUACGCUGGAGGGCAUGAAGUACUCAAUGGAGGCCCAUGCCGUCCACUACAACUCGAAGUACAAGGACUUCACGGAGGCCAAGAACAAGCCCGAUGGCCUGGCCGUCGUCGCAUUCUUUAUUCAGGCCUGCGGCGAGAAGGACUGUCCCGAGUUCAAGAAGAUCACCGAGGGCAUCCGCAUCGUUCAGAAGAUCCACACGAGUGCAUCGCUGGAUUCCGAUUGCCUAUCGUGGAUUGGACUGCAGGAGCUGAGCAAACAUUAUUACACGUACAAGGGAUCGCUGACAACGGCGCCGUACUUUGAAAGUGUCACCUGGAUCAUAUACCGCACCCCCAUCUACGUGUCGCGCGGCCAGGUUCAGGUGUUUCGCAAUUUGCAAUCGUGUCCCAAAGAUGAGUCCAAAAAGAUAGUCAACAAUUAUCGCGAGAUCCAGCGUCCGCACAAGGAUCCGGAAAUCUUCUUUGCGCGCAACACCAAUCCAAAGUCCAAGUUAUAAUGUGCUUGCCAUAUGACUUGGCUACUCUCUCGAUAAUCUAUUGAUAAUCUAUUGCAAUGUGUAAACAUUUAUCUGUCUAUGGUUGUCUGUAAGCUGCUUUUGUUAUUUGCCUCAUGUACAUAGCGUUAUAUACCUAACAAAACAUACAUAUACAUACAUAUAUAUAUAUAUAUAUACGGAGUAUUUACGAUACGGUUACGUGUAUGGAAUUUUAGUCGGAGCACGCGGUUGCCUUGCAUUGAAUAUUUCAGAGAAAUAUCGGGCACAACUACUUAAGACAUCUACAAGAGACGUAAUCCUAACGUUUAAGUUAUUAAGAUAAACAGUGAAAGCGAGAAAAGAGGAAAACAAGAACAGGAAACCAACACAUUUUGUAUGUCCAAACUGAAUUUAUUAAACAUCUAAUUAAACAUGUAUAAAAGUA